AUGAAGAAGAUGAACCUGUCUAUCAUUAAAGAGCAGACAAAACUGGCAUUUGCAGCAGAGUCUGAGGAUGUUAAGGAAGAAAUUUGGGUUGCAAUAGAGGCGAUGAAGGAGAAGAAGCGUGUUGAAAUGGACAAGAUCAAAAAGAACAGUGCAUCCCUAGAUAACACAGUAGCAAUUCUUACCCAGUUCUUCGAGGAGCUCCAUCUGAUGACAGCUUGGACAUUCUCAGUUUUGAUGGGUGGCCCUGAUCCUGUGGCUAGUGGGACACUGGACAUCAGCAGUUUUCAUGUUGGCAUGACAAAGCUGGGAAACAGGUUUAGCCAGGCCUACCUGCAGUUCACAACAACUGUCAUGUUACCAUAUUCAGAAUUUGUUCACCAAGCAUUCCAUAAGUUCACAUAA